GUUUAUGUAUAUGACAUGCUUAUCUCAACAAAUCUAGCAGCGUUCAGAAUCAAAACAAUGGCAAGUUUCUCUCCAAAGUCUACUCUGGUGACGCUUAUGAUCUUCGCCAUAGUUUUCUCUCCCAUGUUAUCAUCUGAAGCAGCUCGAUUUACUCAUCGAGAACUUCUUCAGAGGCCACCCUUAUGUCCUGCUUGUGUAUGCUGUGAACCUCCUCCACCAGGCUCAUGUUGUCGUUGCUGUGCUACUACUUCUCCUAUCAGUUUUCAAUCAGAGACUCAGACACCUUGAGGCACUGCAACGAAUUCCCAGAAGAGGAAAUCCGAAAAGUUUACAGAAGAAUGCAAUAAAUUUAGAAAGAAGAAGCAGAAAAUAAUGCAGUGUUGUAUGUUUUUUCCCUUCAAUUUGUGUAACCAAGUGUAUCUGGAAGAAGAUGGACGUUCC